ACGUAUUGGAUUCGGGAAUCUUGUGUUUAUCCUUUAUCUUUUGCUUGCUCUGUUUUGGUGCAGCCUGGACUCUUUGUUGUCUCAGAGAACCAGAUCCACCAGCACCCCCUGCCACCCCUCUCACACACAUGCACGCAUACACACAAUGAAGUCAGUCCGACGUUGUAAGAACCGCAACACAACUCUCUUGUCCCUUUUCAUGUUUCUUCUUUUUCUAUACGAGCCACAUUCCAUCCCCACUCUUGCAGAAGCCAAAAGAAAUGUUUACAUCGUUUAUAUGGGAAAAGGGCAGCGGCAUGAUCCGAAGCUUCUUCUGGAAACCCAUCUUGAAAUUCUCACUGGAGUACUUGGAAGCAAAGAAGCAUCUGCAGAAGCCAUGGUCUACAGUUACAAACAUGGCUUCACUGGCUUUGCAGCCAAGCUAACAGGAACUCAAGCACAGAUUAUUUCAGAGUUACCAACUGUGGUUCAAGUCAUACCCAAUCGCUUUUAUAAGUUGCAAACUACAAGAAGCUGGGACUACCUGCAACUAGAUUCAUAUUCUCCAAAAAAUAUCCUGCAUAAGUCCCAAAUGGGUGAUGGCGUCAUCAUUGGUGUACUCGAUACUGGGAUAUGGCCAGAAUCUGAAGUUUUCAGAGAUGAAGGUCUAGGACCAAUCCCUUCUCGAUGGAAGGGUGCAUGCGAAUCAGGUGAGCAGUUCGAUGCAAGGAAGACCUGUAAUAGAAAACUAAUUGGAGCUCGUUAUUUCAUCAAGGGACUCCACGCUGAGUAUGGAAAGCCAUUCAACAUUACUGAAUACCAGGACUACUUAUCUCCUAGAGAUUCAAUUGGACAUGGCACACACACAUCUGCAACUGCCGGUGGCUUCUUCAAGGCCAAUGUGAGCUACAACGGGCUAGGUUUUGGAACAGUGAGGGGUGGUGCACCCCUGGCUAGACUGGCUCUGUAUAAAGUCUGCUGGAAGCUGUAUGAAGAAGGAAUAUGUGCGAGUGUUGACAUUCUGAAAGCCUUUGACAAAGCCAUACAUGAUGGGGUAGAUGUAAUAUCACUGUCCAUUGCCCCUAGUUUGCCAUUGUUUUCUGACAUUGACACCUAUAAUGGGAUCUCCGUUGGUGCUUUCCAUGCUGCGGAAAAUGGGAUAACUGUUGUAUGUGCUGCUGGAAAUGUAGGCCCAAGUGCUCUAACAAUAGAGAACACAGCACCAUGGGUCAUUACUGUUGCAGCAAGCACUAUUGACCGGUCGUUCCCUACGCGCAUCUCCCUUGGAAACAACUGGACUACAAUGGGUCAAGCAAUGUUCACAGGACGGGGUACGGGAUUCACCAAUCUGGUGUACCCUGAAGUCGCAGAACUCCUAACUCCUCGUUAUUGUGAGUCUCUUUCUCCGAAUGAUACUUGGUCAGCCGGACAUGUUGUGCUCUGCUUCACGUCAGGUUCUAAUCAAAGUGUAGUAGAGGAUGCUGCAUGGUCUGUCAAAGAGAUUGGUUGUUUGGGGCUAAUUAUCGCUGAAAAACCCAAAAAUUCCCUGUAUUCAUGCGACGAUAACUUCCCAUGUGUUCGAGUAAGCUAUGAUAUAGGCAUGCAGAUACUCAACUACAUUCGCUCUACCAGUUGUCGCAGGAACCCACAGGUUAUGAUUAGGCCUUCAAAAACACAUGUUGGCAGACCUGUAUCUACCAGGGUGGCAUACUUCUCAUCCAGAGGACCUGGCUCAGUUGCCCCAGCAAUACUAAAGCCAGAUGUAGCAGCCCCGGGCGUCAACAUACUAGCAGCAGUUCCUCCUAGUAGUCCAGGAAUUGCAUUUGAGUUCCAAUCAGGAACAUCCAUGGCAACUCCCCAUGUCUCAGGCAUUGUAGCCUUGCUCAAAUCACUGCACUCAGAUUGGUCCCCAGCUGUAAUUAAAUCUGCAAUUGUUACUACAGCAUGGACUACUGAUCCAUACGGGGAACCAAUAUAUGCGGAAGGGGAGCCAAUGAAACUUGCAGAUGCAUUUGAUUAUGGAGGUGGAAUUGUUAAUGGGAAUAGGGCAGCAGAUCCUGGCCUUGUCUAUGACAUGGGGACAACAGAUUACAUUCAAUACCUCUGCGCCAUGGGCUAUAAAAACUCAGACAUUUCCCAGGUUACAGGUAAUCCAGCAUUCUGUCCCAUGAAGCAGCCCUCUAUCCUGAACUUAAACUUCCCUUCUAUAACCAUCCCAACUCUUAGAAACUCAACAACUAUUACCAGAACCGUUACAAAUGUUGGCGCAGUUUACUCCAGAUAUGUGGCCCUUGUUGAGCCUCCACUUGGCAUAUCUAUAGCGGUAAAACCUGAUAUAUUGAUCUUCAAUUCUAUUAUCAAGGCCAUCUCCUUCACUGUCACAGUUUCCUCUUCUCAUAAAGUAACCACAGGAUACUCUUUCGGAAGCUUGACUUGGAGUGAUGGAGUGCAUUCUGUACGAAGUCCAAUAUCUGUGAGGACUGAGAUGAUAGAAUCUUACGAUUGAUGGGAAGUUUAUGAUCUAAACAGGCAAGUAUGCUCAAUAAUUGUUGUAAACUUACCAUAAAUGAAUAAAAGUAAAAGGUG